UUGAACGGAGGAGUACCAAAAAUAACAUUUCCGUUUCUUUCGUCAAACCAUUCGCUCUUGAGCCUUGAGCCUUGAGCCUUGAGCCCUUGACUCUUGAGUAGUUUCGUCUUGUCUUCCCUUCCCUUCCCUUCCCAUUUCCUCCUCCCCUAAACCCUACUGUCACUCCUUCAAUCUGCACACACAAGAAACCCUCAAGUCCUCAACAAUGGCGGAGCUAAAACUGUCAGAAAGCAAAGACCUAACAAGAAUCGAACGCAUAGGGGCCCACUCCCACAUCCGAGGCUUGGGCCUGGACUCAACCCUAGAACCCCGCCUCACUUCAGAAGGCCUCGUAGGCCAACUUCCGGCACGCAAAGCCGCCGGCGUAAUCCUUCAAAUGAUCAAAGACGGCAAAAUCGCGGGCCGGGGAGUCCUCAUAGCGGGACAACCCGGCACCGGAAAGACCGCAAUUGCAAUGGGCCUUGCCAAAUCACUGGGCCACGAAACCCCAUUUGCCAUGCUCUCCGGCUCGGAAAUUUUCUCCCUUGAGAUGUCGAAGACGGAAGCCCUGAUGCAGGCCUUUCGCCGCGCUAUUGGGGUCCGGAUUAAGGAGGAGGCUGAGGUGAUUGAAGGUGAGGUUGUGGAAGUACAAGUGGACCGCCCUGCGGUUGCUGGGGCGGCGUCAAAGACGGGGAAAUUGACUUUGAAGACGACGGAUAUGGAGACGGUGUAUGAUUUGGGGACCAAGAUGAUUGAGGCGCUUAGUAAGGAGAAGGUUCAAAGUGGGGAUGUGAUUGCUAUUGACAAGGCUUCUGGGAAGAUUACUAAGCUUGGGAGGUCAUUUUCUAGGUCGAGGGAUUACGAUGCUGUCGGACCGCAUACAAAGUUUGUGCAGUGUCCUGAUGGGGAGUUGCAGAAGAGGAAGGAGGUUGUGCAUUGUGUUACUCUUCAUGAGAUUGAUGUUAUUAAUAGCAGAACCCAGGGAUUCCUAGCACUCUUUACUGGAGAUACUGGUGAAAUACGUGCUGAAGUGAGGGAACAAAUUGACACCAAGGUAGCUGAGUGGAGGGAAGAAGGGAAAGCCGAGAUCGUGCCAGGGGUACUGUUCAUUGACGAGGUACACAUGUUGGAUAUUGAGUGCUUCUCUUUCUUAAACCGUGCCUUGGAGAACGAGAUGUCACCGAUAUUAGUAGUUGCAACCAACAGAGGGCAUACAAGGAUCAGAGGGACCAAUUACAAAUCUCCACAUGGCAUUCCCAUUGAUUUGCUUGAUAGGCUGCUUAUUAUUGCUACCCAACCUUACUCAGAGGAGGAUAUUCGCAAGAUCUUGGAGAUAAGAUGCCAAGAAGAGGAUGUAGAAAUGACUGAAGAUGCAAAAGUUCUGUUGACAAAGAUUGCAGUUGAAACAUCGCUCAGAUAUUCCAUCAACCUGAUAAAUUCCUCUGCGUUGGCUUGUCUAAAACGGAAGGCAAAGUCUGUUGAGAUGGAGGAUGUGAGCAGGGUUUAUCAACUAUUUCUGGAUGUCAAGAGGUCAACACAGUACUUAAUGGAGUAUCAAAACCAAUACAUGUUCAACGAUGUCUCUGGAGGAGACCUCAAUGAAGAUGACAAUACUGCCAUGCUCUCUUAGAUAUAAUAAAUACCAAGUAUGUAUUAUUAUUUAUUAUUAAACUUGUAGGUUAUUUUGGAUUUUAUCAUCCUCACUAAUUAAUUAAAAUGUGUAUUUCUUGUCUUUUUUUCCUUGGAAUAUUUCUUUGUUGCUGAAGGCAGAGGUAGAAAGCCAGAACAAUUUGAAGCAGUUGAUGUAUUAACCCAGAAAUUUACCGGCAUCAGGUUAUCUACAAGGGUUUUGGUCUU